AUGACUGGGUUACAGGCGAUCAGGGUCACCGACCUCACUAUAUCAGAUUACCGCUCACCCACCCCCACAUUCCCUGCCACACCAUCGAAUUUCCCCUCAAAACCUCCCCCUCCGCCGCCGCACCACACACCUCCACCCUUCGCCGCCGUCGAUGCUCCGGAGAAAGUCGUCGAACUCGGCGACCAGAUCUCGAACCUCACCCUCGCCGACACUCAAAAGCUCGUCGAGUACCUCCAGGACAAGCUCGGCGUCUCCGCCGCCUCCUUCGCCCCCUUCGACGUGGUGAUCGACGACGUGCCAAGCAACUCAAGGAUCGCGACGAUUAAGGUUGUUAGGGCUCUGACGAGCCUGGCGCUGAAGGAGGCGAAGAAAUUGAUUGAAGGAUUGCCGAAGAAAUUCAAGGAAAGAGUGACGAAGGAGGAGGCGGAGGCGGCGAAGAAGCAGCUCGAGGAGGCCGGCGCGAAGAUCUCCAUUUUAGCGCGAUGCAGAGGAAAUUUCGAUCGACUAAUUUUGUGCGAUUUGGAAUUGAAGCUCCGCAAAAGCGUUGUUGCUUGUGUGGAUCAGAUCGAAGCAUUUGGUGACGUUGUUGCUUGUGUGGAUCAGAUCGAAGCAUUCGGUGAAUCCUUAUAA